CAGCCGGACAUCAACAUGCCUGAACCCGCAAAAUCCGCGCCCAAGAAGGGCUCCAAGAAAGCCGUGAGCAAGACCGCCGGCAAGGGCGGCAAGAAGCGCAGAAAGACCAGGAAGGAGAGCUACGCCAUCUACGUGUACAAGGUGCUCAAGCAGGUGCACCCCGACACCGGCAUCUCGUCCAAGGCCAUGGGCAUCAUGAACUCGUUUGUCAACGACAUCUUCGAGCGCAUCGCCGGUGAGGCGUCCCGCUUGGCUCACUACAACAAGCGCUCCACCAUCACCUCCAGGGAGAUCCAGACUGCCGUCCGCCUGCUGCUGCCCGGGGAGCUGGCCAAACACGCCGUGUCCGAGGGCACCAAGGCCGUCACCAAGUACACUAGCUCCAAGUAAACACUAGCUUCUCCAAUAUCAAAGGCUCUUCUAAGAGCCACCCACCUCCAAUCAAAGGGCAGAGUCGUUAUUUUUAAAUCACUUUAGGUGAUUAUACAGUGGUGUGUAUAUAUGGCUGAUUAUAAUAUAUUAAUGUUGAUUGAGCAGUAGAU